GGGAUUGUUCCCGCGAGAUUUUGGAGGGGGAGGAGCCUGGCUGCCACGUCGGGUCUGAGCCGGAGCUAACGGAUUCCAGUGACGCCGUGACAGCAGGAUGGUGCUCCCUGGACGGACGCAGGGCAGAGCGGGACUCUAUGGCCCAGUCGCCGCCAUGAUGGUCUGUGCAGCGCUGAUACAGAUUACUUCUUCACACGAGGAUCUGCACCACAGGCAUUCACACGAGGAUCUGCACCACAGGCACAGCCAUGCUGGGCACAGCCACGAGGAUCUGUACCACGGGCACAGCCAUUCUCACCACAGCCACUCGCACGGGGACUUCCACAGCCAUGGGCGUUUGCACAAGGACUCCCACAGCCCCAGCGAGGCCGACUUUAGCCACCAGCCCAAGGAGGUCCAUGUUCUGCACUCAGCUAAGGGGUCCCCGAGCCACCAGGAGUUGCCUGGGAAGGAGAGGCAGGACUUGGUCAAGCUAUGGACACACGCCAUCGGAGCCACCUUGCUGAUCAGCGCCGCCCCCUACUUCAUCCUCUUCCUCAUCCCCGUGGAGUCAAACACUUCCCAGCACCAAGCCCUGCUCAGGCUGCUGCUCAGCUUUGCCUCGGGGGGACUCCUGGGGGAUGCCUUCCUGCACCUCAUCCCCCAUGCUUUGGUGCCCCAUUCCCACCACACGGAAGGCGGCCAUGCCCAUUCUCACUCCCCCACGGUGUCGGCUGGCCAUGGUCACUCCCACCAAGGGCAGGAUCACCAGCGGAUGAUGGCUGUGGGGCUCUGGGUACUGGCUGGCAUUGUAGCCUUCCUGGUGGUGGAGAAGUUUGUGAGACACGUGAAAGGGGGACAUGGCCAUGGGCACAGCCACGGCGGACACAGCUAUGCUCUGAAGGCAAAGAGCAGCUCUGGCGAGGAGGACAACGGGCCCCAGGAGAGGAAGGCCGGCAAGGUGCGUGCCCCUGACAAGGCAGCACCCAAGAAGAGGGGCCAGGAGUCAGAGGAACGGACUCAGGAGUCCACAAUGAAGGUCUCUGGGUACCUGAACCUGGCGGCCGACCUGACGCACAACUUCACGGACGGGCUGGCGAUCGGGGCAUCAUUCCUGGCAGGGGCUGGGGUGGGGGCUGUGACCACCCUCACCGUGCUGCUGCACGAGGUGCCCCACGAAGUGGGCGACUUCGCCAUUCUCGUCCAGUCAGGCUGUAGCAAGCGCAAGGCAAUGAAGCUGCAGCUGCUGACGGCAUUCGGCGCCCUGGCUGGCACGGCUUGCUCACUGCUGGCCGAGGGCAUUGGGGAGGCAGCCACGGCCUGGAUCCUGCCCUUCACGGCAGGCGGGUUCAUCUACGUGGGUACCGUGUCAGUGAUCCCAGAGCUGCUGCGGGAUGCGGCGCCCCUGCAGUCCCUGCUGGAGGUGCUGGGGCUGGUCUGCGGCGUCGCCAUGAUGGUGUUCAUCGCGCACUACGAGUAGCAGGCCCCAGCAGGGGGCUCCUGGGGGGCGCUGGUGCGUGGACCCAGGCAUCCGGGAUGGGACUCCCUGUGGACUCCAGGGGUGGGGGGUGUGGUACGCCCUGGCAUCCGGGACACAGGGGGGAGGGAAGCGGGGACCAGUUCUGCAUGGACCCAGGUGUCCAGGAUUGGGGGUGCUAUGUGGGCUGUGAGGGGUGGGAGGAGGCCACAUGAAUCCUGGUGACCAGGGUAGGGGAUGUGCCCCCCCAUCCCAGAUGCCUGGGUCCACCCAGAGCUUCCCCCUGGGACGGGGUUGCUGUGUGAGCCCUGGGAGUAUCUGGGGGGCAGGGAGGAUGCAGUGCGUGCCGUGGGGAGAGGGUGGCACAGACACUGGUGUCCAGGUGCCGACACACUCACUCUGGGAUUGGGUGGUGGCAAGGACCCCAGUAAUGGGGCUGGAGCAGUGCAGGCUCUGGGGCUGGGUCAGACCUCGGGGUGGGCACCAUAUAGACGUGGGGGUGUGAGGUGCCCUGUAGACACAGGCACCUCUGCUGGGGGGAGGGGCCAGGCGCACAGCCCCAGUGGCCAGGGACAGAGGAUGGCCCAGACACCGGCGUGGGGGGAAUCUCAUUGGCCUUGGCAUCUGGGGGCAUCAUCUGACUUCCAGCUGAACAGGGGGGUGUGUACCUGGGGCGAGGGAGAUAAUGUGAUGCUGCUUGAUUUGUUUUCUGGGAGGGUCCAAAUCCAAGUCCCUCCCCAGCCCUGUGUGUCCCCUAGGGGUGAGAUGGGGGGCAGCAGGGCCGCCCCUUCCUUUGGAAAGGGGAGCUUAAGGAAAUUAAUCCUCUGGGCCACAUCAUGGGUUGGUUUGGAGAAGAUGGGGAGAAAAGCCCCUGCCCUUUGGACCACAUGGGGGGCUAUAUGGGGGGUUACCCAGAAUCCUUUGCUUCUUGGACCAGGUUUUAUUUGGGCAGAUUACUCAGAAUUCUCCCCCACAAUCCACCCUGUGUGACCCCCAAACCAGAGCAGCUAUCCAGGCUAGUUCCAUAUGGGGUGGCUGCCCUGACUCCCCCACCACACUAGGGACCAAAGGGGCAUUGAGCGGGGCUAAUCAAGACACUACUAGGCGACAGUUCCCCAACAGAGGUUAUUUUGGAGGGGACUGGGGGUGAUUCUGGGGUGCAGGGACUUUAGUGAUGGAGGAGACAAGCAGACCCAGCUGGGGGAGGGGGGGGGGGAUUGGCAUGCGGACCCAGGCAUCCCGUCCUGGGGGAAUUAGCAUGAACUGUGGGAUCCAGGGGACCCAGGCAUCCGGAGCUGGAAGGCAAAUCACAAGCACCCAGCUCAAUGGUGUCCCUAUUGAAUGGUAUGUCCUGGGGGAGGGGCUGUUAAUUGGGGGUGACUUUGGAGCCUGGUGGUUGUGGGGUCAAUUACUCCUGGGGGGCAGGAAAAGGUUUCAUAAGGGGGGGUAUAUUUUUGUAGAUGAUUUUGCUUUUGUAUGGGUGGGCUAGGGACUGGGGGCCAGGAGGGGGCGAGGUGGGGCCCUGCAGGACUACUUUGUGGAUGAUUGUAGCGAAAAUUGUGUUAUUAAUUAACGGAUUAAACAAUGAUCUGAGACGC